GACGAUUCAAGUUAAUGUCAAGUUUAUUAAGCUUUUGCUAUACCAUCAAGUUGUUAAACGAUCUGCAGCACAGAAAAGAGAGGAACAGAGAAACAUCACAUUGAAUAUAAGAGAGGGUGUGCAGUUAGUUCCAUAAAGACGGAGUUAAGGUGUUAUUACAGGCUAAGUGCAGUGAAUAUGUGAUUACUAUAUUUACACACUAAAAAGGUAACAUUUGAGUGUUUGUGUACCAACUUGGAUACUUCCAACGUAAAGUGGAACGAUCUUGGGUAUAUUUGGUUCCUAUCCGCUGGACUAGAGGUUUGUAUAUCUUUCAAAAGAAAUGGAAAUUCUGACCGAAAGGUUUUAGGCAUAUCGGGAAGUGCUGUUUUUUACGCAGUUUGCAGACACCAAAUCUCGCGACAAAUAGACUACGAAUCCCAUGAUGCCGUGCGCUGUCCGAGGACACGCGGAUUCCCCUCGAUCUCUGCUGUAAGGUCUUCUACUGACAGGACGGUCAUUCUAUGUACUUAUGGCUCAUACAACUACAGAAAACACUUUUGACAGGAUCAAAAACCUCUUGAAUUUCAAUGUGUUGGAUUAAUGGUUGAUCUGCUCUAGUUGGAGGCUCUGUGGUCAAACGUCUCAGGGAGGAGGAGAUGCAUCGUGUUCUGUCCCAGGGUGCAUUGCGGCAGAUGGCCUACAUGCGGUCUGUGGUCGUGGGCCUGUCGGUGUGUGAGGCUCGCCUGGCCGUGUCGGUGUGUAUUGUAGGCCGCCUGCCACCCGGGCCCGGCCAGCGCUGGGUCAGUACCUCAGCCUUUAACAGGGCAGUAGAACAGCCCAAGCUCCGGCCGGAGGACCAGGACCCACCCAGCCAUCCCCCCAGCCUGGCUGGAACAGAGCCCGUCUAUGGGGCAGACUCCUCCAAGCUGCCUGUGGAGGCCCCACCGGAGGCCCCAGAGAUAGACCCUCUGCAGGACAAGUCCAUUGGUCUGGUCCAGAGGUUCAAGAAGACCUUCAAGCAGUAUGGGAAGGUGAUGAUACCUGUCCAUCUCCUGACCUCCAGCAUCUGGUUCGGGACCUUCUACUACGCUGCUAUGCAGGGAGUGAAUGUGGUGCCUUUUCUGGAGUUCAUUGGUUUACCAGAGAAGAUCGUUGGUCUGCUGAAUCACUCUUCUGGCGGCUAUGCCCUCACUGCCUACGCCAUGUACAAGGUAAUACUACUCACUACGCCAUGUACAAGGUAAUACUCCCUGUCUACUCCAUGUACAAGGUAAUACUCCCUGUCUACGCCAUGUACAAGGUAAUACUACUCACUACGCCAUGUACAAGGUAAUACUACUCACUACGCCAUGUACAAGGUAAUACUACUCACUACUCCAUGUACAAGGUAAUACUCCCUGUCUACGCCAUGUACAAGGUAAUACUACUCACUACGCCAUGUACAAGGUAAUACUACUCACUACUCCAUGUACAAGGUAAUACUCCCUGUCUACUCCAUGUACAAGGUAAUACUACUCACUACUCCAUGUACAAGGUAAUACUCCCUGUCUACGCCAUGUACAAGGUAAUACUCCCUGUCUACUCCAUAUACAAGGUAAUACUCCCCGUCUACUCCAUAUACAAGGUAAUACUCCCCGUCUACUCCAUGUACAAGGUAAUACUCCCUGUCUACUCCAUGUACAAGGUAAUACUACUCACUACUCCAUGUACAAGGUAAUACUCCCUGUCUACUCCAUGUACAAGGUAAUACUCCCCGUCUACUCCAUGUACAAGGUAAUACUCCCUGUCUACGCCAUGUACAAGGUAAUACUCCCUGUCUACUCCAUGUACAAGGUAAUACUCCCUGUCUACUCCAUGUACAAGGUAAUACUCCCCGUCUACUCCAUGUACAAGGUAAUACUCCCUGUCUACUCCAUGUACAAGGUAAUACUCCCUGUCUACGCCAUGUACAAGGUAAUACUCCCUGUCUACUCCAUGUACAAGGUAAUACUCCCUGUCUACUCCAUGUACAAUGUAAUACUCCCUGCCUACUCCAUGUACAAGGUAAUACUCCCUGUCUACUCCAUGUACAAGGUAAUACUCCCUGCCUACUCCAUGUACAAGGUAAUACUCCCUGUCUACUCCAUGUACAAGGUAAGAAUACUCCCUGUCUACUCCAUGUACAAGGUAAUACUCCCUGUCUACUCCAUGUACAAGGUAAUACUCCCUGCCUACUCCAUGUACAAGGUAAGAAUACUCCCUGUCUACUCCAUGUACAAGGUAAUACUCCCUGCCUACUCCAUGUACAAGGUAAGAAUACUCCCUGUCUACUCCAUGUACAAGGUAAUACUCCCUGUCUACUCCAUGUACAAGGUUAGAAUACUCCCUGUCUACUCCAUGUACAAGGUAAGAAUACUCCCUGUCUAUUCCAUGUACAAGGUUAGAAUACUCCCUGUCUACUCCAUGUACAAGGUAAUACUCCCUGUCUACUCCAUGUACAAGGUAAUACUCCCUGUCUACUCCAUGUACAAGGUAAGAAUACUCCCUGUCUACUCCAUGUACAAGGUAAUACUCCCUGCCUACUCCAUGUACAAGGUAAUACUCCCUGCCUACUCCAUGUACAAGGUAAGAAUACUCCCUGUCUACUCCAUGUACAAGGUAAUACUCCCUGUCUACUCCAUGUACAAGGUUAGAAUACUCCCUGUCUACUCCAUGUACAAGGUAAUACUCCCUGCCUACUCCAUGUACAAGGUAAGAAUACUCCCUGUCUACUCCAUGAACAAGGUAAUACUCCCUGCCUACUCCAUGUACAAGGUAAUACUCCCUGCCUACUCCAUGUACAAGGUAAUACUCCCUGCCUACUCCAUGUACAAGGUAAGAAUACUCCCUGUCUACUCCAUGUACAAGGUAAUACUCCCUGCCUACUCCAUGUACAAGGUAAUACUCCCUGUCUACUCCAUGUACAAGGUAAGAAUACUCCCUGUCUACUCCAUGUACAAGGUAAUACUCCCUGCCUACUCCACGAACAAGGUAAUACUCCCUGUCUACUCCAUGUACAAGGUAAUAAUACUCACUACGCCAUGUACAAGGUAAGAAUACUCCCUGUCUACUCCAUGUACAAUGUAAUACUCCCUGCCUACUCCAUGUACAAGGUAAUACUCCCUGUCUACUCCAUGUACAAGGUAAUACUCCCUGCCUACUCCAUGUACAAGGUAAUACUCCCUGUCUACUCCAUGUACAAGGUAAGAAUACUCCCUGUCUACUCCAUGUACAAGGUAAGAAUACUCCCUGUCUACUCCAUGUACAAGGUAAUACUCCCUGUCUACUCCAUGUACAAGGUAAUACUCCCUGCCUACUCCAUGUACAAGGUAAGAAUACUCCCUGUCUACUCCAUGUACAAGGUAAUACUCCCUGUCUACUCCAUGUACAAGGUUAGAAUACUCCCUGUCUACUCCAUGUACAAGGUUAGAAUACUCCCUGUCUACUCCAUGUACAAGGUAAUACUCCCUGUCUACUCCAUGUACAAGGUAAUACUCCCUGUCUACUCCAUGUACAAGGUAAUACUCCCUGUCUACUCCAUGUACAAGGUAAUACUCCCUGCCUACUCCAUGUACAAGGUAAGAAUACUCCCUGUCUACUCCAUGUACAAGGUAAUACUCACUGCCUACGAUACAGAG